CCUUAGUCUUCACACAUGCUCUAUCUACUCUCACACUCUCUCUCUCUCUCUCUCUCCACAAAUAAGUCUUUAGAUGUUUGAUGUAAGAGCAAGACCAAGAACUCACCCUGCUUCUCUCUACUCUAGAGAGAGGAAAAAGAUGGUGGCGGGUGCAGCAACGAUGUUGCCGACGAUGGCAGAGACAUGGACUGCAGUGGGCUCAGCCCUAGCUAGUUUCAUGUUUGUUUGGGCCAUGAUCCGCCAAUAUUGUCCCUACGAGCUCCGCCACUUCCUAGAGAAGCACACUCACAGUAUCAGGAGCUUCUUCGAUCCCUAUAUCCGGGUUUCAAUCCACGAGUUCAACGAGACCCGGCUAAACCGCAGCGAAGCCUAUGCCGCAGUCGAGGCAUACCUCAGCAAGAAUACAUCAAACAGUGCCAAGAGGCUCAAAGCCAAGAUGGGAAAGGACAACAAGAAGCUAGUACUCAGCAUGGAUGAAUAUGAAAAAACUACAGACGAGUUUCAAGGUGUGAAAGUUUGGUGGGUCUUGACCAAAGCUGCGUCAUCGCCUCGGGCCACGCCCAUGGGGUACCAUCCGGAGCCAGAGAAAAGGUAUUACAAGCUCACAUUCCAUAAGCGGGAUAGGGAAAUGAUAACCGAGUCUUACUUGCAACAUGUGGUGAAGAGAUCUAAUUUCAUUAGGGUAAAGAAUAGGCAGAGAAAGCUCUACAUGAACGAUUCUAGUUAUAAAUGGUCGAUCCACAACAAGGCUACGUGGACCCACAUUCCGUUUGAGCAUCCGGCGACGUUUGAAUCGAUGGCGAUGGAGCCGGAGAAGAAGCAAGAGAUCAUGGAAGAUCUGUUGACUUUUAGCCAGAGUAGGGAUUUUUAUGCUCGGAUAGGGAAGGCAUGGAAACGGGGAUAUCUACUUUAUGGUCCCCCCGGCACUGGAAAGUCCACCAUGAUUGCCGCAAUGGCAAAUUUGUUGGAAUAUAAUGUUUAUGAUCUCGAACUUACGGCUGUUAAGGACAACACGGACCUUAGGAAGCUUUUGAUUGAGACUACGAGUAAAUCAAUCAUUGUAAUCGAGGAUAUUGACUGUUCACUUGAUCUUACAGGCCAAAGAAAGAAGAAACCGGAGAAAUCUGCAGAAGACAAGAAUGAAGACGGGAAGAACGAAGUUCCUGUGAAAGAACCGAAGGCAGAGAGUUCUAGCAAAGUUACGCUUUCUGGGCUUCUGAAUUUCAUUGACGGUCUUUGGUCUGCCAGCGGAGGGGAGAGAAUAAUUGUUUUCACAACUAAUUUUGUGGAGAAAUUAGACCCUGCCCUGAUAAGACGAGGACGUAUGGACAAGCAUAUUGAGCUUUCAUACUGUAGUUUUGAGGGAUUUAAGGUGUUAGCGAAGAAUUACCUGUCGGUAGAAGAUCACCCAAUGUUUGAAUCAAUCAAGCAGUUGAUGGAGGAGACGAAGAUCACGCCCGCUGAUGUUGCAGAGAACCUCAUGCCCAAGUCUGCAAGAGAUGAUGCAGAGAAAUGCUUGUCUAAACUGAUUCAAGCUCUUGAGGACGCGAAGAAAGAAGCAGCUGAAAAGAAAGCAAACGAGCAGCUAAGAAUGGAGGACACAAAAAAGGAAGAUUCAACAUCUCAAGAUAAGCAAGAAACUGAAAAACCACUGAUUUAAGGACGCAAAAAUAUAUUUUCAAUUGUCAAUUAUGUAUGUUAAUGGCAGCUAUCUAAAACAUCAGUUUCGUUCUGAAAUAGAGCACUGCAUCAAUGUAUCUCAUACAUACGAAUAAAUAUUCAGAGCAACCAAUCACAAAGCUGUUAAUCAGCAGUGUAA